AUGGGGCAUGGACAUCGUGGGACCAUUCCCCAUAGGCCGAGCCCAGAAGAAGUUCCUCCUAGUGGCGGUGGAUUAUUUCACCAAGUGGGUGGAGGCCGAACCCUUGGCAACCAUAACGGCCGCCCAAGUCCAGAAGUUCUGUUGGAAGUUGGCCUGGGGAUUAAACAUGUCACUAGCUCGGUAGAGCAUCGCGAGACGAACGGGCAAGUGGAGGCAAUGAACAAGACUAUGGUCGCCGAGCUCAAGAGGCGAUUAGGAGAAAGGAAGGGAGCAUGGGUCGACGAGCUACCGAAAGUCCUAUGGGCUUACCGAUGCACGCCUCAUGGGACAACUGGGGACACUCCCUUUAACUUAACAUACGGCACUGACGCCAUGUUACCAGUUGAGUUGGGGGAGCCCUCGUUGUGA